CACCCGCGGUGGAUUCCGUCAAACCAAUUUUUUUUUCUCCAAGCCGCGAGGGGGGAUAAUCUAACGGUGCUAUAUGUGUCUGUUUUCUACAUCCACUGCAGUAAUGAGGCGAUCGCAAGGGAGGUAAACAUCUGGACAAAAGCAGAAAAGCAGGUUUCAAAGAAUCUUCUGCCAGCAAGUUCCACCGCAGACGUCUCCAGGAUGAAUGUCUUCGAGCAAAGUUUUUUCUUGGAUCAGGGCGACAUUGGAUGAAAACACACCCGCGGUAGUUGCAGCAGAGUUGCCCAGGAAACUAUUACUACGGCCUUACUUACCACCAGUCAGAUAGUGCUAAGAUAUCAGUGAAAAAAGUUGAAAGCCGUAAUCAAGCGUUUGCUUGUCUACUGUAGCUUCUGUACCUCUAUUCUGAGUUCUUUCCAUCUACUAGAGUGCUUGGCUCCUUGCUGAAAGGCCUAAACAGUCUCGCUUCCAUCAACCAUGACGUCAUACCUGACCUUCGGUAUUCUCCUGGCUCUAACCCUCUUCACCCCGGCCUUGACCUCCGAUCAGAACAACUGCACGUACGAGCUCGUCAUGCUCAAAAACAUCAUCAAGGUCAAGUGCGUCGGCUCACCGUCCGUCAUCAACGUCUACGCGGACAAAGCCCUCCUCCAAGGGGACGAGAGUUCGAAAACGGGCGACGACUACAAGAGACACGUGACCGCCCUGGGGAAGCUGACCGCCCCAGAGGGUGGCCGACACACACAUUCCAGGCAGAGGGAGGAGAUCUUCGGCCGGCAGAUGUUCGACGCGGCCCUGGCCAACGUGACGCAGCAGCUGCAGUUUGCCAGGCGGAGCUUCAGCCUGUACGCCGACUCGAUCCGGAACAUUUCCGGCCACCUGUCGGAGGGGGACCUCAAGCUCAAGCAGGACACUGACCAGCUCAAGAGCAUCACCAACUCGGCUUCAGAUCUAAAACAAGGGAUAGUGGCGGCCAUGACCAACCAGUACAACUUUAUGCGCAGCGCCCUGCUGGCCAGAAACUACGAGCUGGAGAGGUUGGUGUCGACCCUCAUUACAAUGGUAGACGCCACAUCCAUCGGCAUACAGAGCGCCAUCAGGGCCUAUAACUCAACCCUCGAACAGAUAGCCGACGUCAGUUCUACCGUCCUGAGUGUACGCAAGAUGGUGAAAGAUUUGAAGAAACGAAAUAAAACGAAAGGGGACGAUAAAAAGAACUGUCCUAAAACGGUGUCGGCCAUUGGGGCCGGGCAUUACGUCAGCGCUGACACGACCCACGGGGCCUACAUGGUGGACCCAGCCAGUACCGAUGAGGACGGGCCGGUCUACGUCAUGAAGGGGGCGGGCCGGUCGGAUAGUCUGCUGGAGUUCGAUUCGUUCGACACGUUGAUGAGGUUCGGAUCCAUGCAGCGCCACUUCGCUCUGCCGUUUGACUGUGCCGGGACGGGGCAUGCUGUGCUCAGGAAACAUUUCUUCUGCCAGCGAGCAGACACCAAUAGGAUUGUCAAGUACCACCUGAGGAAGAUGGACAUCGUGUCGGAGAUGACCUUGACCGGAGCCGUGUACGGCAACAAGUAUCCGUACAUGUCCGGAGAAAACACGGACAUUGAUCUGGCUGUGGACGAGAGAGGUCUCUGGGCCAUCUACGCCACGGAAGAAUCAGCCGGGAAAAUGGUCAUCUCAAAAAUCGACCACAAGGACAUGAGCAUCAUCUCCACCUGGAUGACCGGCUACUCCAAGGCGCACAUCGGCAACGCCUUCAUGAUCUGCGAGACCUUGUACGCCACCAACUCCCACCGCGACGUCCCCACCUACAUCAAGUACACCUACAACACGCAGACCAACAAGGAACGGUUUCUGGAUAAGGGGGAACUGCCUUUCCCGAACAGCGCACUUAUUGGUACCAACACAUCCCCCGAGGCGCACAAAUCUUCCUACACCGUCAUGCUAAAUUACGACUAUCGGAAGUCGGAGAUUCAUUCUUGGAACAAUGGUAGAAUCGAAACCUUUCCGGUUUAUUUCAAGAAAGACAACUUUUGAAAAAACUGCCGAGUAAAAAUAUUAUUUGAUUUACCUCCCCUGCACAAAUAAAGUUCUAGUCAGCGAAAAGAUACAGAGAAGUUGCUAAUACAGAAACGAAUGUUUUAUAAAGAGUGACUUUUGGAUAAUUUUGUGAAGAUUAUUUCCCUUGGAUUUUAAGUGGAGCCAGUUGGAUGUCGUUAGGAUGAAUUUCCAGAUAAUGAAUGUCCAGAUAAUGAAUGUCCAGAUAAUUAAUGACCAUAAAUAUACUCUCACUUCAAAUGUUCCGCGCCCAGCCCAUAAUGUCAAAAAAAUGUGUUGGUAGUUUCAGUGGUUUAAAAGUUAAGCGACAGUCAGGGGUCAUGGAGUUCAGAGGUCAGUUCUAGACAUCUAUGGAGUAAAGCUCUGACUGCCGUGCUUUUAAUGGUCUAGGGGAAGUAGCUGAUGAAAUUCAUGAGGUUUCUUGGCCGACUGGAUGACCUCCCUUGAAUCGUUGUUCGCUAGUUGUGCAGCGGUUCCCGAGUCUGGACGUUCUUAAUGUGGUGAUCAGUGCAGGACAAUCAGAAUUUUAAUUACAUCUUUUAUUUAUUAUGUUGAUUAAUUAUGAUGUGUUUUUCUCAUGUAUGCAAAUGCAAAGUUUAAGGACAGAUUGCGGAUAUUGACACACCUCCAAGUAGUAUUUUUAAAAUAUCCAAUGUGUUUGUUAUAUUAUGUAUUAGAAAAAUGGUAUUUGCAUGAUGUUAUGCGGGUUUAAGUUUGGUCAUAUAUACCAUGUGGUAUGUAAGAUGACAUUUGUCAGAUGACAUUUAGAUGACAUUUGUUAGGUGACAUUUGUGAGUUUGCUCUCAACUCUUGGCCCUCAUAGACGUGGACAAAAGUUUUCCAGGUGUGACAUUUGUCAGUUAGAAUUAAGGUGACAUUUGUCAGUUAAAAUUAAGGUGGCAUUUGUCAGUUACGAUUAAGGUGACAUUUGUCAGUUGGCAAUAAGUUGGCACUUAUUUUAAACAAGCAGGUUAGUCCAGUACUAGUCAGCUUUCAGUGCAAUUUUCUGUCUGCUGGGAUCAUUGACCUGUGAGACAGUGACCUUGGGUGAAAUGGUAAAGGAUUCUUCUCAUUUCCCAUGCUGAGGCCCAUUGUUAGGUAGCCGAUGUGAUCAAUGUUUAAAUAUGUUUACUAUACGUAUAUUAUUUAUUACAAAUUUAUUUUUCUUUCAACUACCAUGUCUGUUGAUGGGGGAAACGGAAAAUUUCACGUUUUCUGGAAUUCAAUAUUUGGAAUUCUUUUCUCCUCAUUAUUUAAGAAUUCGAAAGGAUUCAAAUUUCCGAAAUUUAAUGCUGGGAAAGUCAAAUUUCAAGAAUCGAUUUUUCAGAACUUCUUUAUUGGAAAUUUUGUUCAACGGUAAUUCAACAAUCGGAAAUUCAGAACUUGAAGAUUUAUGUUCUGGGAAUUCAGUACCAGAAAUUAACUUUAAAAAAACUUAAAAAAAAAAAAACGUUAAUGUAUUUUUUACUGAUUUUAUUCCCGCAGUUUAAAAUGUUUUUCAGAACUUAGUUUUCCUAGUAGCCUUGACCAAGUAGGUCACCGUGAUGUAUCAUCCAUCAUUUGGUAUCACCACUGUGUAUCACCACUGUGUGUCACCAUUGUGUGUCACCAUUGUGUGUCACCAUUGUGUGUCACCACUAUAUGUCACCGAUGUUUUUCAUCAUUCAUCUUGUGAUAGCUUACCAUGAUCACCAUCACCAACAAAAAAAACGGUUGUGUCUAAAAUUUCACCAUCAAUUCACACAUCACCUCAACUUUGACGUCGCCACAAACUAACAUCACCACAAAUUCACAUUAACAGAAUUUAACAUAAUUACAGUUUGACACUUCCAAAAAUAGAUCAACCUCACCUCACCAUCAUCUGUCAACUUUACAAUCAAUACACCAACAUAAUUAUCAACUUUACAAUCAAUACGCCAACAUAACUAUCAACUUUACAAUCAAUACGCCAACAUAACUAUCAACUUUACAAUCAAUACACCAACAUAACUAUCAAUUUUACAAUCAAUAAACCAAUCAUAAUUAUCAACUUUACAAUCAAUACACCAACAUAACUAUCAACUUUACAAUCAAUACACCAACAUAACUAUCAACAUUGCAAUCAAAACACCAACAUUACUAUCAACAUUAUAAUCAAUACACCAACAUUACUGUCAACUUUGCCAUCAAUACACCAACAUAACUAUCAACAUUGCAAUCAAAACACCAACAUUACUAUCAACAUUAUAAUCAAUACACCAACAUAAGUAUCAACUUUACAAUCAAUACACCAACAUAACUAUCAACCACUCCACACCACGAAACCCACAAUACUCAAGAAUGAGCUCUUCAAACAUAAUCUCUAAACAAACAUCAAUUUCUUGUAAUGAUAUCCAUAUUUAUAACUUUAAAAUUGGUAUUUAGUUGGUAGUUCAAGUUUUAAAUAAGAUGAUUUAUUUCUAACACUAUCCACCAAUUAGAAAUACACGUUAAUUUUUUCAUUUAAUUUUUUUUUUUCAUUUUUUUAUAAAAUGGUUAUUUCAAUAAAAAUUUUGU